CCUGCUUUCCACAGUCCACUGUCAUAAGUCAAAAAAUCUGGGGAUUUAAUCCGCUACAUACCAAAGAAGUGAAAAAGAAAGAGCUCGCACAUUUUGUUUCAUCCUAUUUGUUAUGUCGCUGAUUCUUACACAGUCUUUUCAAUGAAAAUGCCAGCUACCACAAACAUUAAAGUGGAAGCCAAGCCUUCCGCUGAGAUAGGUGAUGCCGCCAAACAGUGUUUAAAUUGUUUGGAAAAGAAAGUCAGAAACUUAGAGAAGAGAAAGGGACGAAUUGAACAGAACCAGGAAAAAGCCUCCAAGGGAUCAAAGCUUGAGAAAGAGCAGGAGAUAUCUCUUCAUCAGUAUGAACAAGUCACGCACGACUUGGAGUUCGCCAAGGAACUGCACAAGCAGUUUCUCUGCAUACAUCAAGAGCAUGAGAAAAUGGUGAAAAAGCAGGCCAAGCGGGAGAAGGCGGAGCGGCAGGCGGUGGAGAUCAAGCGGGUCAGCGAGAUCCUACAGCUGCAGUGCACGCUAGACCUCAUGGGCGGGAUGAAGGUGCGGGAGGACUUCAAGACGGGCAAACACGGAGCAGUGGUGUUAACGGACGACAAUCUGGACCAGCUAGACAAACUCUACCAAGCCAUCUCCCCGUCGCGAGACGACAGCGGCGACGACUACCCCCAGCGUCUAACGGCGGCGGCUGAGCACAUGGUGAACAUUCUGGACGGCAAGGACCGCCAAGUUUUGGGAACAACCUACAAAGAGCUGAAGGAGCUGCUCACCCUGAUCAACGAGUGCGGCUACUUCGAGAAGGCCAAUCCGGCAGUGCCAGAGGAAGUCAUUGCGGAGAGCACAGAGGAAGUGGAGGAAGAGGAAGCGGCUGUGGAGGUGGAAGAGACGUCCGGAGAGACGGGCGCGGCUUCCCCGUGUGAGGCGGCCGAGAGCGUGCCCGAGCCCCAACAACAGCCGAUUGACUUGACGGUGGGACCCACAGACGGAGCACAAUCUCAAAUGGAAAUGCCCCAGCAGCCAAUGAACACAAUGGAGCAGGAUGCAUUUUUCGCACCCAGUAGCACGACAGCCUACCAAGAGGACUCAGAAGCCCGAUACUCCCCGGUCUACAGAACGGCCCAGCAGGCACCCGACUUCGAAUCUUUCACCAACAACCGCCCGUUCCAGUUUAUCCAGACCUCCUACGUUAUGUCAGAGUCACAAGCAACAGCGCCUUCGGUGGUGGACCCGGCGGUGAUCCACGCGCAGCCUGCCGCCGGCUCGGGCCUGGCCUUCAUGUCACAGAGCGGGUUUGAGCCGGCCGCUCCACCCCAGGCCGCCUCCACCCAGCCACAGCCCUUGCCUCAGCAGCCGCCAACACAAGCCAUGCCUAGCCCAGCAGUCAACAUCCUGGCGAUGACGGCAGAGCUGUCCCAGGGGGAGUCACUCUCACAGCAGCCUCAGCAGCAGCAGACGACCCCCCAGCCCCCUCAGCCACAGCCACAGCCACAACAACAGUCGCAGCCCGAGUACAGCUCGCAGGGCUUCUCGCAGGUACCCCAGCCCAUGCAGCCUGAGGGUCUGUUCAACGCCCCCGCUGGUGUGGUGGAGGAAGUGCCCAACCCCUUGGCCCCUCACCCGGGCAUCAUGGGACAGAGGCGAGGAGAGGACUCGUCCGCCUCGCCGUACGAGAUCCCACCGUCCAUUCCAAUGCCUCCAUCCCAGUCCCAGGGGCAGUCACAGAUAGAGCAGCAACAACAACAGCAGGAGAAGAAAUUCCAAAUGAACGCCAGUGCCCCGGUGUUCCAAUCCAUGUAUGCUCAGGCAACAAUGGCUUCAACAACGGCUACCCUCGCGGGGGUCGCGGAGGCUUCAGAGGUUCACGGGGAGGCGGUGCCCCCAGCGGCAACAACAGGAACGGCGGGCCAGGCCCCAUGCAGAACGGCUUUGGGAACAGAGGAGGCGGGCCAGGCCAGAACAACAGUCGCGGAGGGAGAGGUGGCACUUUCCAAGGGUACCCUCCCAACGCCAACUACAGACCCGACAGUUUCCAGGGCAACUACAACGCCGGGGGAUUUGGCAAGUUCCAGAAGCGAGGGGGCAUGAACAACGCCGGGGGUCCUGGCAAUGCUGGGUACCCGCGCGGAGGACCGGGAGGCAAUGGGGGCAGAGGCGGAG